CAAACAUUUUGAUACUCUUACUCGUCCCGGAGCUUGUUAUAUGUCUUCGAGAUAUCUGGAUGUCCAACGUCAUUGCAGAAAGUAGAUACAGUGACUGGCCAGAAUUGAAGAUUGUUUUCAUGACAAAAAAGGACGAAUGUUCAAGUUGGACUAAGCAAAGUAUCAUUCCAUACAUUCAGAUGACCCUUGUAGCCGUCAUAUCAACGUUAUGUGUCUUCAGCAACAUAUUUAGUAUAAAGCAGGCAUCCAUCUUUGGAUUGUGCUUACUGGAAAUAAACUUUACUCGAUAUAUACCUCUGCAGAAUUACAUUGUGGGUACACAUACAAAGGAAGCACAAAAUGCUAAGCUUUUGUAUCUGUUCCUACGUAUUACAGUUAUUGUACUGACCACAUGGAUAGGAUUCAGUUAUAGUAUAAAAAGUGAGAACAGAUUUAUGUCAUUUCUCAACAUUUGGAACGACAAUUCUUCAUAUUUUGUGUGUGUUAUAUCAAUAAUUGUGUUAUUAAUGCAGAUGGAAUCAUUUCUUCCGACUGUAUCUGAGAGAAUUGCAGUUCUAUCAAUAGUGAUUUGUUUUUGUAGCACUCUAACUGUAACUCUUCUAGCUUUGUACAUAAAUGUUCAUAAAGACGAUCUGGGAGCUUUUGCUACCAUAAGUGCCUUCCAUGUUUCUCAUUCCGUUUAUCACAUCAGUUUGUACUCUGUGACCUGUGUUUCAGCGCUUUUGUUUUAUUUCUCUAGUUUUUAUAAUAUUCAGGAGGAGGAGGACGAAUCUCUGAAUAGCAAGCUCACCAUGACAACAUAUGACAAUGUGUUCUUUUGUCAAAACUUUCUGCGAAAGUCUCUAUCCAAAAUUGCACACUUGAGAUUAUUUGAUAAAAGUAACAUUCGGAUCUUCCUAUGUACAACGAUGUAUCAAGAAUCGGCUCAUGAAAUGGGCAGACUAUUACGCAGCUUGAAAAAUAUUUCUAACUCCAAAAAAAUCCAAAAACGGAAUAUACACAUUGAAUCACACAUUUUCCUCGAUAACGGUGCGAGUGGACGAGAUGUCAAGGAUUUUGGAAUACAGCUAUUAUGUCUUAUAGAAGAAACAUUUAUGAUGGAAGAACGAUAUGGAAUCAUGAUUCAUACGCCUUAUGGCAUAAAAUUAUCGUGGACUGUCCCAGGAGAAAUGCCAUUAUUUUUACAUCUAAAGGACAAUAAUCUUGUGAAAGGAAAGAAAAGAUGGAGUCAGGUCAUGUAUAUGAAAUAUAUUUUGAAUUACAGAGCAAACGUUCAGAAAAUGUAUCACAAUACACAAUACAAUCCAUCCGGAUCAUUCUUCAACGAGCCUUCUGAUUUAGUAAAAGUAAAUGUAGGUACACCAACAUUUGAGGAAGAAAAUCAGACAGACAAAGAUGUACCUACUGUAACCUUUGAAGCCUCCAGUAAAACAUCUUCAUACAGCGAUCUGACAACAGUAACAAAUCUCGAAGAAAUGGAGAGUAACAGGAAAGAAACCGAAAAAGAGUCUUACACAACAGAAAUGGAUAUUCCAAACGACACCAAAUCAGAAGUAACUCUGCGAGUUCCCCGUUUGCAUUUCAAAGCAAAAAAUAGGAGAUCUUCGUUCGACCACAGUUUUAUUUCUUUAGAAAAUUUACAGGACAAGAAUACUAUAAAUAGCUUACAGUAUGCCUAUGAUACAGAUCUGCAUAAUGGAGAUUUACCGUAUAAUUUUUCAGGAGCAAAAUUCCGUUCUUCUUCGUUUAGUGAUAUAGAGUUCGAAUACCACAAACACCAAAGAAAUGAGCAAAGUGAAAAAUAUUCAAGCACUCUUGAGGAUGAAAAGUACCAUGACUUUAUUUUAGCCACGGAUGCAGAUAUGGCUUUUGACGAUGAAAGUGUGCUUAAUCUUUUGGACACAAUGGAAGAGGACGAGAAGAUAGGAGGAGUAUGUGGCCGGACUUUCCCUAUUGGAAUUCACAGACAUCCUAUCGUUUGGCUUCAAAUGUUUGAUUACGCUAAAGAUUUCUGGAUGAUUAAAAGUGCACAAAACAUCAUUGGAUCUGUAAUGUGUUGUCCUGGGUGCUUCAGUCUAUAUCGCUUUGAAGCUAUUAGUGACAUCAUUGAAACCUUCUCUGAACCUACCAAUUCAAUGCUGGAUGUCUUUACUAAAGACAAUGGUGAGGAUCGAUGGAUGUGUACCUUAAUGAUGAAGGAAGGAUGGAAUCUACGUUAUUCUUAUCAUGGUAAAAACACAACGUUUUGUCCAGAGGAAACAGAAGAAUUUAUGAAGCAAAGGAGGCGUUGGCUUUUAUCAGACUUCGCCAACGCAGCAGUUGUUGCAAGAAAUUUACCACAGCUAAUGAGAAACAACACAGCUUUCACCAUGGUGUAUGCCCUUUAUAUACUUCAAUUAUUCGUCGUAAUGGUGUUAUACCCCGGAUCAACAAUCAUGAUGCUCGCUUUAGGAUUUGAACUGGUCACCAGUUGUCCACUUCUAGUCAAUGCUGGUCUUCUUUCUCUGGCAUGCCUGCUUUACUGCAUUCUUCAAAUAAGUUCCUGGCAGACACAUAAAAAAUUGAUUGUAAGCAAAAUUCUCAUUUUGCUUUUCGGCUUUUUGACAGUGUAUGUCUUUAUUGCGACAAGUGUUCUAAUUGUGGAGGACAUCCGAGAAGACAUCCAGUUUGGAAAAAUAACCCACAUCGAAAACCUAGUUUUGGUUGGGGUGGUAGUAGUGUAUCUCUACUCAUCUUUACUGCAUCCUUUGGAGUUGCACUUGUUGUCUACAGGAAUCGUAUACCUUUUCUACCUCCCUCUGUUGAAUAUUCUACUUCCACUUUAUGCUGUGUGCAAUAUAGUAGACCAGACCUGGGGAACUAGAGAUGAUCAAAAGGCAACAGUGCCAAGGAUACUACGACUGCCAAAGUUUAGGAAGAGAAAGAAAAGAAAAAGCAUGAAAUUCAGAAGUAAUUCGUACGAGAGCCUAAGCUCCUCUGCUAUAGAUCUACGAGAUAUCAGUGAGGACGAAACAACAUUUUGGCAGAAACUUGUCAACGAUAGCAUAGGCGUCAACAUCAACACGGGAAUAACACAGCAAGAGAGAAACAAUGGUCUGCGAUCUCUCCGGAACAAGACAUUGGUGGGGUAUUUAUCACUUAACCUGUUAUGGGUGGCUUUACUCACUGGAUUCUAUGCAUUCUUGACAAAAUAUUUCACUGACAAACUAGUGUACGGAAUCGUUGUGUUGUGUCUUCUUGGGAUUUCAGCAUUAGUACAGCUGCUAGGAAUGACGGUGUACAGGCUAAGUGAUUGUCUUUCUCGUGUUGGACGUCUGAUAUCAUAGACAACUGGGACUGUGAUUGUGAAUAACCAGCUAAACCAAAUAUUCUGCAUAAAUUCUGCUCGUGUUCUUAUUUGAAAACUUUUGACUUUUAUUUUCUUU